CCGCUUCGAGGUAAACAAGAUGGCGGCGUCAGGCAGUGGGUCCAGUAAGAACGACUUCCGUCGGAAAUGGGACAAAGACGAGUACGAAAACCUAGCUCAGAAACGUCUGGCAGAGGAGAGAGAACGAGACCGACGAGAUGGAAAAACUGCACCUCCAGUCAAACGGGACCUUCUGCGUCACCGCGACUACAAAGUGGACCUGGAGUCCAAACUGGGGAAGACCAUCGUCAUCACCAAGACGACGCCUCAGGCUGAGAUGGGAGGGUACUACUGUAAUGUCUGUGACUGUGUAGUGAAAGACUCCAUCAAUUUUCUGGAUCACAUCAAUGGCAAAAAACACCAGAGGAAUCUGGGUAUGUCAAUGCGUGUCGAGCGCUCGUCUCUGGAUCAGGUGAAGAAACGCUUUGAGGUUAAUAAGAAGAAAAUGGAGGAGAAGCAGAAGGAAUACGACUUUGAGGAGCGAAUGAAGGAGCUGCGAGAGGAGGAGGAGAAGGCAAAGGCCUACAAGAAAGAGAAGCAGAAGGAGAGGAAACGUCGGGCCGAGGAGGACAUAGACUUGGAGGAGGAUGACGAGAUGGCGGCUGUCAUGGGCUUCUCCGGCUUUGGUUCAUCCAAGAAAAGUCACUGAUGAACAUGACCAGCAGCUCAGCGGGAAACUGGCCUUGGCUCCAUUCCCUCAGUCAGAAAGAGUAUUGAAGACUCCCAACACAAGGAGGUGGUUUUCUGUCAGUAGAGGCAGUGGCGGCCAUUAUCCCACAGUCGUCCAUCUCAUCAGACUUUAAUCAUGAAAAUAUCACUGUUUGUUUUAGUGACAUUAAAUUCUGCAGCUUCCUGUCAGUGUGAUCAUACAGUUCAAGAAGCCACUGUAAUAUGACAGUACCAACACUCAGCUGCAUUAAAAGUGUUGAAGAUGGACAGAAGAAGUGCAUCAAGACCAAAAAAAAACACACAAUUUCCUUUAAGCCUUUCCUGUGUUUGAGUUCAUCCAGAUAAAACGAUGAAACCAAACCACAGAAACUGUUUGUUUUAGCUUCAAGACUGGUGACAAAAACUAAUUUACACAAGAUGAAAACUUUCUUCUCAUCAGAAAUAAGAUUGAAUUCAUGAAACGUAAACAUUCAAACCCUGUCUGUGUAUUAGGUCAGUUUAGGUCAAAAUCAUUUUUAUAAGACGGGAAGGUAUGAUGAGAAAAAAUAAAAAAAGAUUAAAGUUGCACAUCAUUCUUGGAGAUUGAAGUAACCAAUUGACAGAAAAGUAAUAUGAAUGUAGGUGAGGUAGAAUAAAAAGUUUUCCUGCAAAUUUAUAACUUUAAGCCCGGAGAAUAUCAGUUUUUUGUUCUGGAAACUUGCAACUUUAUUCUUAAAAGUUGAGUUUUUGUCUCUGAAUAUUACCCAUGCUCCCCAGCUCAAAUACAAGUCGGAUGUGAAGAAAUGGUUUGUACCUUUUAAAAGUUUCAUUUUAUCUUUUUAUUUGACCUGUGAUAGUUUUAUUUGUCAGGUUACAUGUUUGGAAAUUAUGAUUUUAAUAAAUCCUUCUUUGUUUCUAAUGCUU